AUGCACAUCAAGGAGAUGGUUGCCGAUGCCGAGAAGACGGCCGCCCCGUCUUUCUCUUUCGAGUACUUCCCGCCGAAAACACUGACCGGCGUGCAAAAUCUCUACGACCGUAUGGAGCGCAUGUACCACUUUGGCCCAAAGUUCAUCGACAUCACUUGGGGCGCCGGCGGCCGCAUAGCCGAGCUGACAUGCGAGAUGGUCAGCCAGGCCCAGGCCUACUUUGGUCUCGAGACGUGCAUGCACCUCACAUGCACCGAUAUGGGGCUUGAGAAGAUCAACGACGCCCUGCGCAAAGCAUACAAGGCCGGUUGCACCAACAUAUUGGCACUGAGAGGUGACCCUCCAAGGGACAAGGAGAAGUGGGAGGCUGCCGACGACGGUUUCAGGUACGCAAAGGAUCUGGUCGUCCAUAUACGCAAGACGUACCAUGAUCACUUCGACAUUGGUGUUGCCGGGUACCCAGAGGGUUGCGACGACAACAAGGACGAGGAGCAGCUGUUGGACCACUUGAAGGAGAAGGUGGACGCCGGUGCCACCUUCAUCGUCACCCAGAUGUUCUACGACGUCGACAACUUCCUCCGCUGGGUUGGCAAGGUUCGAGCCCGUGGAAUCGACAUUCCCAUCAUCCCAGGCAUCAUGCCAAUCGCCACCUACUCCAGUUUCCUCAGGAGGGUCAACCACAUGAAGUGCAGGGUUCCCCAGGAGUUCAUGGAUGCCUUGGAGCCUGUCAAGAACGACGAUGCCGCCGCUCGAGAAAUCGGCAAGACCCUCGUCGCUAACAUGUGCCGCAAGAUCCUGGCGGCUGGCAUUCCUCACCUGCACUUCUACACCAUGAACCUGGCCCAGGCCACCCGCAUGGUCCUCGAGGAGCUGGACUGGAUGCCUUCUGAGCGCAGCCCUGUCAAGCAGGCCUUGCCCUGGAAGCAGUCUCUCGCCCUCGGUCGACGAGAUGAGGACGUCCGGCCCAUUUUCUGGCGCAACAGGAACAAGUCGUACAUUUCAAGGACAAUGGACUGGGACGAGUUCCCCAACGGCCGUUGGGGCGACUCGAGGUCUCCUGCCUUCGGCGAGCUGGAUGCAUACGGUAUUGGCUUGACGGGGACGAAUGAGGAGAAUCGCAAGAAGUGGGGUGAGCCCAAAUCGGUCAAGGACGUGGCUACCAUGUUCGUCAAGUAUCUCAACAACGAGCUUGACCAGCUUCCUUGGAGUGAGUCUCCCCUCACCAGCGAGGCAGACGCCAUCAAAGACGACCUCAUCGAGCUCAACAAGCGAGGGCUUGUCACAAUCAACUCACAGCCUGCCGUCAAUGGCGUGAAGUCUUCUCAUCCAGUCUACGGAUGGGGUCCGUCGAACGGUUUCGUUUACCAGAAGUCAUACCUUGAGCUGCUUGUCUCUCCCGAUGUGUACCCUGAGCUCAUCUCCCGCAUUGAGAAGCACCCAGACUUGACGUACUACGCCGUGACCAAGGCAGGUAAUCUCGCCACCAACACCCCGUCAGAAGGUCCCAACGCGGUCACAUGGGGCGUCUUCCCUGGUAAGGAGAUUGUGCAGCCAACCAUUGUCGAGUCUAUCAGCUUCCUCGCAUGGAAGGAUGAGGCAUUCCGGCUUGGUACGGACUGGGCCAACUGCUUUGAGGCAGGCAGCCCUAGCCGGAUUCUGUUGGAGCGCAUGAUGAGGGAUUGGUCUUUGGUCAACAUUGUGAACAACGACUUCCACCAGCCACGCACUAUUUUCGAAGUCAUGAGCGGACUGCAGGUCAAGGACCUCGAUGUCGAGGUACAACCCGAUGGGCCCAAGCCAAACUAA